AUGGAGAAAUUCAUGGAGAGUCCAAUGAAGAACAAGUUUAGAGUCAAAGGUGUUGUUCUUAAAGGAAGUGUAAGCAGCCUGUGGCGUCUAAUAUACAAAGGAUCUUCACCGAAUCUGUUCAUGGAUGGCCAUUCCGUAGUGGUUGAAGGUUUCAUAAAGCCGUUUAUUGUUGAAGCGAUGAAGGAGGUUUCCCCGAAACUCUUUUCUCAAACAGAAAGAAACCCCAACUGUUUUCGAAGCAUUUAA